AAUAUAGCGAAUGAAUUUAUAAAUAGCCUAUCUAGAUUCGAAGUGGAGCGAUGAAUGUUCACAUAUGUAGCGUACUAGUGUUGUUGUCAAAUUAGAAGCCCUUAAAUGUUUUCGCCUAGGGAAGUGCGAGGAGGGUCAUGAAUAUCGAAAUUAAAUGCAUUCCACCAACCCUAUCGAUCCAACACUCGCUUUUAUUUAAUAUCACACACACCACUUGUUUUUAUAACCACAUUUUCCUCUCAAGCAACCAUAAUAACAAGAGCUAGAGAAAGAAGAAAAAAAAUCAAAGAAAUUUGAAGAAGAAAAUGGAGAAGAUGAAUGAUCAUCUCAAGCCUAGCCACAGUGUUUCCGCUGGUGCUGCGACAGAGAAGUGGGAGGAGGCUAGUACUGGAAUCAGAACCGUGGAGACAAUGCUUCGGUUAGCUCCGGUUGGUCUUUGUGUUGCGGCGCUUGUUAUCAUGCUUAAAGACUCUCAGACUAAUGAGUACGGUGAAGUUUCUUACUCCAGUCUCUCUGCUUUCAGGUACUUGGUGCACGCAAAUGGAAUAUGUGCAGGCUACUCUCUUCUCUCAGCAGCUAUUGCAGCCAUGCCUGGUUCUUCUUCCACAAUGCCUCGUGUUUGGACCUUCUUCUGUCUCGACCAGAUUCUGACCUACGUGGUUCUUGCUGCUGGAGCUGUGUCUACUGAAGUUCUGUACUUAGCGUACAAAGGAGACGAUGCCAUAACAUGGAGCGAUGCUUGCAGUUCAUUUGGCAGUUUCUGCCAUAAAGCCACUGCUUCUGUUAUAAUCACAUUCGUUGUGGUUUGCUUUUAUGUCAUCCUCUCUCUCAUCUCCUCUUAUAAGCUCUUUACUCGCUUUGAUCCUCCAGCCAUCGUUGACUCCAACAAAAACGUCGAAGUUGCUGUCUUUGGAAGUUGAUCCGUUGCUUUCUUUAUUUUAAAGACAAUCUCUAAUUUGUCGUGUGUACAAUGUCUCAACUGUUUUCUUUUAAUAACUUUGAUCAAGAAAAUAAUGUUUGUAAUCUGUCCAUUUCACCCUUAUUUACCGUUAUCUCGUAAAUUUAUAUGAAUCCAACCAAAG